UUCCUGUUGCUGCCCCCCCCCCCGCCUCGCAGGCUCUCCUCGGCCGCGCUCCCGCUCGCUCGCUCGCUCGCUCUCUCUCUGGGAUGCGCGCCCAGGACCCCCUUGGCGCUGGCCGUCCUGCCGGGGGGCUCCGGCCAGGCUUCCUGGGCUGCGCGCAGCUCCGCCGAGAGGAAUCGUGACAGAAAAGAAGAAAGGGAGGCAUGCUGCCUUUUGCCCACUAAGCACCCAGACCGUCCUCCUUCCUGUCCAUGAGGCACCCAGGAAAGUAUUCAGCCAGACAAUGGAGCCUACGGGGACCAAGAUGGCCUUGCUCAGCAACGUCCUGGCAGCCUAUUCCUUUGUCACAGAAAAUCCUGAGCGAGCUGCUUUGUAUUUUGUGUCUGGCAUUUGUGCAGGCCUUCUCCUGACCUUGCUGGUUUUAGUACUCCGAAUCUCCUGUCAAACUGAUUGCAAACCAUUGCAAACCAAAAAGCCAUCGCGGGACAGUGACACCAAUGGCAGUGACAGCGACGAUGACUCAGACACUGCGUCCGACCUGUCUGCUCGACGGCACCGCAGGUUUGAAAGAACACUGAAUAUGAACGUUUUCACCUCGGCUGAGGAGCUAGAGCGAGCUCAAAGGCUGGAAGAAAGGGAGCGCAUCAUACGAGAGAUUUGGAUGAAUGGGCAGCCAGAUAUCCCAGGAACCAGGAGCCUAAACCGUUACUACUAACAGCUGGCCACUGCUACCACCUGGUCCAGCAGUCACAGAAUCCUCUAAACCUGUUGCUACUCAGGGAAGAGGGGAAACUCAAGAGUUCCCAAGGCAAGCUAACCUUAAGUUUUGCCUCCAUUUUCCCCAGGCAAAUUGCCAUCAGGGAUUUGCUCACAGACAUCUAUUGCUGUUGCUGUUUUUUUGGAGCAGAGGGGACAUACCAGACAAAAAACUCACUUUAUAUUGAUUUGAAAGCAUCUAUAUCAUGGAUUUUUUUUUUUACCACAUACCUGGCAAGGAUGAGAUUUGCUUGUAUAUUGUUUUAACAAUCGGGAUCCUACUAGAGGCAGGGCUGUAGCUAGGAGGUGGUGAGGUGGGCCUCCGCCAGAGGCACAGGCAAUUGGGGGGCACAAAA